AUGUCCACUCUGACCCCACACCAUGUGGACUUCACCACUUUGACUUUUCAUCUUGCAUCUAUGCUGUACACUGAAAACAACACCCUGUUUGACACGGCCUCUUUACCUCAAUGGCAUUUCAUUUGCAUGUUGCUGCUUCCAUCCCAGCACAACGAGCAGCAACCCGGAUUGCAGUUUGCAGUUACCCAGCACAACGAGCAGCAACCCGGAUUGCAGCUUGCAGUUAUCCAGCAUCAGAACCCUCCCACCUCUCUGUUCCUUCUGCUCUGCGAUGACGAGUGGAAGAUCUUACCAACCUGGUCCGUGGCUGACGCGGGUUGA